AUGGGCCGGGACGGGCCGUGGCUCAACCUGUCCGGCAGCUCCUGUGCGGCGGGCGGGCCCUUCCCCGCCGGCACCGCCGCGCUGCUGGCCGCGCUCAUGGGGCUGCUGGUGCUGGCCACGGUGCUGGGCAAUGCCCUGGUCAUUCUGGCGUUCGUGGUGGACCGCAGCCUCCGCACGCAGGGAAACUUCUUCUUCCUGAACCUGGCCGUCGCCGACCUGCUGGUGGGCGGCUUCUGCAUCCCCCUCUACAUCCCCUACGUGCUGACGGGCGAGUGGAGGCUCGGCAGGGGCUUGUGUAAGCUGUGGCUGGUGGUGGACUACCUGGUGUGCACCGCCUCCGUCUUCAACAUCGUCCUGAUCAGCUUCGACAGGUUCAUCUGUGUCACCAGAGCGGUCAGCUACAGGGCUCAGCAAGGGAUGACCAGAAAUGCAGUACUGAAGAUGAUGACUGUAUGGAUUGCUGCUUUUCUCCUCUAUGGGCCAGCCAUCCUCAGCUGGGAGCACAUUGCCCAAAAGAGCAUCCUCCCUGAAAGAGAAUGUCAUGCAGAAUUCUUCUACAACUGGUACUUCCUAAUGAUUGCCUCUACUGUUGAAUUCUUUACACCUUUCAUCACUGUUAUGUACUUUAACUUAAGUAUUUACCUUAACAUCAGGAAACGCACAUUGCUCCGAAAUGAAAACCUCUCACGUGGUCAAGAGGACUGUGAAAUGAAUUUCCAGGGGGGAAAAAAGGAACACACUGUGUUUUUUGUAAAGCCAACUAACAAACGUGAGAAGAGAGCAAGCAGCCUUCUUCUCCCAAAGAAGGCUCCAGGGCUUCAGGCCUCAGCUGAGCUUGGCAGUCAGCCAUCAAAUCUGAGUGUCAGUCAUGACCUUCCACCCCUGCAGGUGGAUGUAGAGACCAGGCCUCCCAGGAAUGGCUUCUUCAAAGCACCAGAAAGCCUUUGCCAGCCCAGCAGCAAAGUGGACGUUGCUAACAUUAUGGCAAACAGAUUUAGACUGUCCCGGGAUAAAAGAGUAGCCAAGUCUUUAGCAGUUAUUGUCUGUGUGUUUGGGUUGUGCUGGGCUCCAUACACACUCCUGAUGAUCAUCAGGGCAGCCUGCCACGGGCACUGUGUGCACCAGUCCCUCUAUGAGAUCUCAUUCUGGCUUCUGUGGCUGAACUCGGCCAUUAACCCUGUUCUCUACCCACUGUGUCACAUGAGCUUUAGGAAAGCCUUCAUAAAACUCCUGUGUCCACAAAAGGCCAAAAUUCAUCCUGACAUUUUGAUGUGA